AUGAAUUAAGGAGAUAAUUUUUUUCAAGAAUUAAUUGAUGGUUUUCGAUCUUUUGAAUCCUAAAGUUAAGGAGAUGAAAAGGGAUUUAAAAACCCGUUCAAUCAACUAUAAAGAGCAAAGAAAAAAAUCAGUAAACAGUUAUAUUAGAAGUAACUAUAUUCACCUCAAUAAGCCUACUAAGGCUCUACUUCAAAUUAUUUUUCAAUGAAUAGGUAAAGCUUCAGCAUAAAUGAAGAAGCAAGAAAUUCUAAUACAAACUUAACUUCAGAAUGUUAUUGUUUUAAUUUAGAAAAAAUAACAGAUUGCAAAAAGCACACUGAUUCUGUUCUUGAUUUAUUGCGUGGGUUUAAUAAAGAUAACGAAGCUGCUAUAUAAGAGGGAAUUCAAUCCAAUAAGUUGCUUCAAUAAAGUAAAAUAAAUGCAAUAGAAACACAGGAAUACCAUUAAUUAUUGAAAAAUGUCUAAAAUUUAAAAAAAUAAAGUUUAAUUGAUAAACAUUCAUUAAUUUAAUAAGAAAUAAAAUAAAUAUAGGAUGAAUAUAUUGAAUAUAGAUAAAAUUAUUAGCAAAAAUAUGAAAUCACCCAACAAUAAAGAUAAGUAAUAGAGGGACUUGAUGGAAAGAAAGCAAAAUAAAAUUGA